CCGCGGUGGAGGCGCGCGAGGGGGACGCGGCCGGGGAUGAGCUGACUGCGGGGAAACAGCCGCCGCCGGGCCCCGAGAGGCCGCCGGAGCCGCUCGCCUCCGGGUCGCCGCCCUGCCUUUGCAUCCGAGAUCAUGUCCAUCCACAUCGUGGCGCUCGGGAACGAGGGCGACGCGUUUCACCAGGACAGCCGGCCGUCGGGGCUCAUCCGCACUUACCUGGGGAGAAGCCCGCUGGUCUCGGGGGACGAGAGCAGCUUGUUGCUGAGCGCGACCAGCACGGUGGCGCGGCCGGUGUUCACCGAGUAUCAGGCCAGCGCGUUCGGGAAUGUCAAGCUGGUGGUCCACGACUGUCCCGUCUGGGACAUUUUUGACAGUGAUUGGUAUACCUCUAGAAACCUCAUCGGGAGUGCUGACAUCAUUGUGAUCAAAUACAACGUAAAUGACAAGUUCUCAUUCCAUGAAGUAAAGGAUAAUUAUAUUCCAGUGAUAAAAAGGGCAUUAAAUUCAGUUCCAGUAAUCAUUGCUGCUGUUGGUACCAGACAAAAUGAAGAAUUACCUUGUACAUGCCCGCUGUGUACCUCAGACAGAGGGAGCUGUGUCAGUACAAGUGAAGGGAUCCAACUUGCUAAAGAACUAGGAGCAACCUAUCUUGAGCUACACAGCCUUGAUGACUUCUACAUAGGGAAGUAUUUUGGAGGAGUGUUGGAGUAUUUUAUGAUUCAAGCCUUAAAUCAGAAGACAAGUGAAAAAAUGAAGAAAAGAAAAAUGAGCAACUCAUUUCAUGGAAUUAGACCACCUCAGCUUGAACAACCAGAAAAAAUGCCUGUCUUAAAGGCUGAAGCAUCGCAUUAUAACUCUGAUUUAAAUAACUUGCUGUUCUGCUGCCAGUGUGUGGACGUGGUAUUUUACAACCCAGAUUUAAAGGAAGUUGCUGAGGCCCACAAGAUUGUUCUGUGUGCCGUAAGCCAUGUUUUCAUGCUACUUUUCAACGUGAAGAGUCCCGCUGACAUUCAGGAUUCCAGUAUCAUCCGGACAACCCAGGACCUCUUCAGUAUAAACAGAGACACUGCAUUUCCAGGUGCUAGCCAGGAUUCUCCAGGCAACCCGCCCUUACGUGUCAUUGUUAAAGACGCCCUCUUCUGUUCCUGUUUAUCGGACAUUCUGCGCUUCAUUUAUUCAGGUGCUUUUCAGUGGGAAGAAUUGGAAGACGAUAUCAGGAAGAAAGUGAAAGAUUCUGGGGAUGUUUCAAGUGUAAUUGAGAAAGUUAAAUGCAUUUUAAAAACACCAGGAAAGAUUAAUUGUCUAAGGAAUUGUAAAACUUACCAAGCCAGAAAACCCUUGUGGUUUUAUAACACUUCCCUCAAGUUCUUCCUUAAUAAACCAAUGCUUGCUGAUGUUGUCUUCGAAAUACAAGGUACAACAGUGCCAGCCCACAGGGCCAUCCUGGUGGCCCGUUGUGAAGUGAUGGCAGCCAUGUUUAAUGGGAAUUACAUGGAAGCAAAGAGUGUUCUGAUUCCAGUUUAUGGUGUUUCCAAAGAGACUUUCUUGUCAUUCUUAGAAUACUUAUACACAGACUCCUGUUGCCCAGCUGGCAUUUUCCAGGCUAUGUGUCUUCUGAUCUGUGCUGAGAUGUAUCAGGUGUCCCGACUGCAGCACAUCUGUGAGCUCUUCAUCAUCACACAGCUGCAGAGCAUGCCGAGCAGGGAGCUGGCAUCCAUGAACCUGGAUAUAGUUGACCUGCUCAAAAAAGCCAAGUUUCACCACUCUGAUUGCCUUUCAACCUGGCUACUUCAUUUCAUUGCCACUAACUACCUCAUCUUCAGCCAAAAGCCUGAAUUUCAGGAUCUUUCAGUGGAAGAACGCAGCUUUGUUGAAAAGCACAGAUGGCCAUCGAAUAUGUACUUGAAGCAGCUUGCGGAAUACAGGAAGUAUAUUCACUCUCGGAAAUGUCGUUGCUUAGUAAUGUAACCCAGAGCUUUUAUAUACAUUUGCUUAUUAUUAUUAUUAUUAUUAUUGUUAUUAUGAAGAAGAAGAAGAAUGGGAUACUCUGUGUUCCAUCAAGAUUAUGUGACUGAAGGCAAUGUGGGUGUUAAAAGAAUUAGCAUACAGCUUAAUGUGUUUGUUAGUUCUCUGAAAAAAAUUACUAUUGUGGUCUUAAAAGGGAACAAAAUAUACCAUAGGCUAAAACUAUGGCUUCACCAUCCUAGUAUAUAAAGCUGUCCUACAGCUACUAUUUCCUUUUAAGAUGCCCUGUUGCUUUAGUGAUAUUGAUACCCCUCCCAGUUAAGAAAUGUUUAAAUUAAAAAAAAAAAUCAUGUAGGAUUAAUUUAAAUUUUUCAUCAUGUCUGAUUAAUUGCUCUAUUAAAAUAAGGGGCAUUUUAAAGACCCAGUAUGACUAUUUCAAUAAUGAAGAAUCCAGAGUAAAGCUGAUCAAUCUGAAAUUUUAGGAAUAGAAAUUUGCAUGGGAUUUUGAAAAUGAAAUGCCACGUGGUUUCAAAUGAGUGACAGUGUUUGAACCAUCAUGAAAAGAAUUUGUUUUUUAUGUGGACAACCUAGCUGAGCCACCUGUCUCUUCCAUGGGCAGGGAACCUAAACAGGGCUGGCUUUACGGCCAUGUAACCUCUAAUGACACUGGGGCCCCAUGCUUGGUUCGAUGCUCUGCUGUUGCCAUUUUGAAAUUCUUAAUAAUGUUUAAAGAAAGGCCUUGCAUUUUUGCUUUGUACUGGGCCCCCCAAAUUAUGUGUAUCUCCUAGCAGGAUAUGUACUGUAUUUUCUUGCUCAAACAUCAUUCUCUCUGAAACCAAAAAAAGAGGCACCGACAUGGAGGGAAGAGCUCAUAUAGGGUUUCCCAUCCUUGGGGAAGUCUGUACCAUCCAGGGCCUCUGCUCCACCUCGGCGGGCUAGAGAGACAUGCUUUGUGUUUUCUCAGCUUUCAAACACUCACGGUUCUGGAUCUGUCACAGUUGAACAAAUGCAUUCUUCCUCCUUCUCAGACUGGGAUGUUGAUAAAAGCAACUGAUCAGUGUGAAUUUAAAACAGUUAUAAAGGUCCUUGUAGGAAGAGAUGCUUUCUAGAGAACUUGCAAUCAGUGGCUUAAGAGUUUUUGGUUUUGUGUACUUCUAAGCUUAAGGAGGUCAGCAGCUCAAAUUGUUUGAAUUCUUUCUGAGGACUGCAAGGUUAUUUAAUGAGGAGCAGCACAAACCAUGUCCAUCAAGAUAAGUCAGUAAGUUAAAAAGUCAUAAAUCAAAGACUCAGUACAUAGAAAAUGGUACUAGGAUAGAAGUAUAGUUUCCCUUGUAUUACACAAUCAACAGAAAUAAUUACAUUGGAAGCUCACAAGCUGAGAGAUGGAAAACCAGAUUACUAGUUAUUAACAUCAUUUUCAUCCGUAAUUCAGUAUUGGGAUGUAUUUUUUUUUACAUUUCUAAUGACUUUCAAGGACACUGAGUGUUUCCAACUAUUCAAACAUUUGAUGAAACAGUUUUAUACCAUAGUAUUAGAUAUAAUAUGAUACAGUUAGUCCUUGGAUGGCUAUCAACACUGUCAGAGUAGAACAGUAAAAAUGCCCUAUAUAUAUCUUCCAAGAAACCUGAUUUUAAUUAGAUUGUAUUGGUGAAGAUUACUGGAAUGCAUUUUAUGUUUUUGUAUUUUAAUCACUUGAGUUAAUCAACUCUUGGCAAAUCCCAUUUGAUAAGGAUAAGCAUUGUAAACAAUAAAUGCAAUAGUAGAUUUCUAGAAAUUCAUCACAUUUACAGUCUUUUAAACCACAGUGAUAGCCUUAUGACCUUAUUUCAUAAGUGUAGUCUUUGCCCUAUGUGAAUGGCAGCACUUAAAAUUCUAAAUCAAUAACCUUUGAGGUAGGAAAUGGAAAAGAAUAUUAAGUUUUAAAGCAAAAUAAAGUAUUUUCUUGGUAAUACUAUUUAACAUUUACAUAGACCAUAGAUACUUUUUAAGUUAUUUGACCUGAAUGGAAGUUGAGUUUGGAAGCUGGUGCUCUGUAGGUAUUGGUUGAGAUUGUCGAUUUUAUUAUGAAAGUUCUUUACCACCUGUGUGAGAGACUCAAACACACUGAUGUCAUGGCUCCUCAGAGCUAGUCAGAACAGUAAUCAAAUUAGUUUUUAAAUCUAGACUCUUCAGUACCUUUGAAUUAACUCAAUUUAAAAUAAGAAAUUUAAGAGUACUUAUAAACUAUCUUGGAGAAAUGAGUGCUCCUUUUGAGUUUGUUUUGUUUUAAAUUGAAAGAGUAUUUCUAGAUGAAUGUAUGCCUUGUGUUCAUCUCUGCUUCAAUAUAUUCACCAAUUAUUUUAAUUAGAGAAGAUACUGAGUGAUAGAACUAAGGCCUCUUCUUUCUGGGCCAGGUUUUCACCUUAAAUAACCCUUUGUAUACUUCUGACUACUCUCUGUUCCUAUUAUAAAAGAGUAGGUUUAUAAAAAGAAGUUUCAGUAACAUAACUGAAAUUCACCCGUCCAGGCCACCAUGGUGGCCUCCUAUUGGACAGUGGCGGAAAACCGAACAAUUGGAUAAAUUUAACUUCCAAGACAGCUAAACUUUUCAAUUGUAAUUUUAAAAACUACACUACACUGAUGUACUUACUUAGGAAAAAAAAUUUCCUCAAGAGUACUUUAUUUUAUUUAAUGCUUCUGUUUAAUUCAAUCUUUAAUAAUUUUGCUAAGAAGGGUAUGUGUGUAUUUUAAUAUAGCCUGACCUGAAUUUAUAUGUUUUUAGUUUUAGUAUUUAACAUUUUGUAACAAAUAAACCUUUUUUUAAAACAA